AUGCCUCUUCUGCAGGCAGACACUGACAGUAUGCCUCCAGUUUGCGUUCACAGAACCUACACAGUACCCAUCUGGAGACAGGAGGAGACCGCCAGCGAGAAUUUAAGAGGUAGUGAUGGUGGUGGUACUGCUGCUGACGAUCGUGAGGAUGAUGAUGUGAAUGAGGUGACGAUGACGAUAAUGACGACGAUGACGAUGACGAUGAAGCACGAUGACGAUGAUGAUGAGGAAGACGACGAGGAUGAAGAUCAGGAACAGUAUGACAAUGAUGCGAAUGACUAUAACUAUACUCGUAAGGAUGAGAUGACAGCGAUAGCGAGGACGAGGACAAUAACGAGGAAUAUGACGAUAACGAUGGUGAUGAGAAUGACGGUGAAUGAUGACGAUGAUGAGGGCGAUGACGAAGACGACAACAACAACAACAACGACAACAACAACAAUGACGACACUAACAACGACAAUGACGACGUAAACGACGACAAGGAUGAUGAUGAUGACGAUGGCGAUGACAAUAUAUUGUGCGAUACUCAACCACACAAUAUAAGUUACNUUAUCCAACUAAUAAUCAACAUAUCGCCCAAUUUAAGAGGUGAUGGUGGUGGUAGUGGUGGUGCAACUGCUGCUGCUGAUGAUUGUGAUAACGAUAACGACGGUGAUAACGAUAAGGAUGAGGAUGUCGAUGAUGAGGAUGACGACGAGGACGAUUAUGAUGACAAGCACAAAGACGAUGAUGAUGAGGAUGACGAUGACGAUGAAGAUGAUGAUGACGAAGACGACGACAGCGACGCUAAGGACGAGGACAAUAACGAGGAAUAUGACGAUAACGAUAGUGAUGAGAAUGACGGUGAGGAGGACAACGGCGAUGACGAUAACGACGACGACGACGACAACGACGACGACGACGACAACAACAGUAACGACAACAACAACAACAAUAACGACACCAACAACGACGAUGACAAUGACAACAUAAACGACGACGAGGAUGAUGAUGAUGACGAUGGCGAUGUUGUGCGAUACUCCACCACACAAUAUAAGUUACAUA